CCCCCCUCCUCCCUCCCGCUUCCGGUCCCCGAGUUCCUUAGUAACAAUGGAGCCUAAGAUGGCGGCCUGAGAGGACGGAGGGCGAGAGAGGAGCCGGGGAAAGGAAGCAGGCGGACAGGGAGAAGGAAGGCCAGCCGCGUCGGGUCCGGCGGACGGAGAAGAGACGCGAGGAGGGAGAAGGAGGCCGCGGAGGAGACAUUUCGCCUACUUUUACCAAGAUGGAAAGCUCCGAUUCUAAUAAUAAAGGAAGUGUCGAUCAGUCCGAAGUGCAGCGCCGGAGUCAGCUGGACCGUUUGGAUCGGGAAGAGGCUUUCUAUCAGUUUGUAAAUAAUCUGAGUGAAGAGGACUACAGGCUAAUGAGAGAUAACAACUUACUAGGCACCCCAGGUGAAAUUACGGAAGAAGAAUUGCUCAGAAGACUGCAACAGAUCAAGGAAGGUCCAUCACAGCAAAACAUGGAAGACAAUAGAGGUGCAGAGCCGACCGAAGACGUGUCUAACGGCGAUUCGAUAAUAGAUUGGCUGAAUUCAGUUCGGCAGACGGGGAACACGACACGCAGCGGGCAGAGGGGGAACCAGUCUUGGAGAGCGGUCAGCCGGACUAACCCAAACAGUGGGGAUUUCAGGUUCAGUUUGGAAAUCAACGUCAACCGUAAUAAUGGGAACGCAGCCCCGGAAACAGAAGGUGAGCCUUCUGCAGAGCCAUCCAAUGGAGAGGAUGUAGAAACCAACCAAAGUGACACUGAGGUCCCAAGACCGGACUCUCCCCCUCCUGCUCCUCCUCCUCCUCCCCCCCUUCCUCCUCCUCCUCCUCCUCCACCUGUUGUUGUCGUAAGGCAGCCUGAACCAGAGCCAACUCCUCUCGAAGAACGGCCUGAAGAAGUUUCUCCUGCCAGAGGGCAGAGGCGGUCCAGAAGCAGGAGUCCUGAACAGCGGAGGACGCGAGCGAGGACUGACAGGAGUAGGUCGCCCCUGAACCCAGUGAAUGAAUCACCUCGUAGGGUGCAUCACAGCACGUCAUCUCAGGCACCUGAGUUACCCCCAGCAAGCGAAGCGGAAGGAAGCUCUCGAACCAGGCAGCACGUGGUGAUACGACAACAUGCCGCUGCUCCUGAGCCCCCCAGUGAGAACCCAGCGCCGUUUCCCAACCCGGCUCCUCAGGCGACCGGUUCUUCAGAGCCCAACGGCAGUGCUGAGCCUGCGGCCCCCGGGCAAAGGCCUCCGACUAUCGUCCUGGACUUGCAAGUGAGGCGGGUGCGCCCGGGAGAGUACCGGCAGAGGGACAGCAUAGCCAACCGGACGCGGUCGAGGUCCCAGACCCCAAACAACACGGUCACUUACGAAAGCGAGCGGGGAGGCUUCCGGCGCACGUUUUCCCGCUCGGAGCGGGCAGGGGUGAGAACGUACGUCAGCACCAUCCGGAUCCCGAUCCGCAGAAUCCUGAACACGGGCCUGAGCGAGACGACGUCGGUGGCCAUCCAGACCAUGCUGAGGCAGAUCAUGACCGGCUUCGGCGAGCUCAGCUACUUCAUGUACAGCGAUACCGACACGGAUCCCGGCGCACCCGCGCCAAACCCCAGCGUCGAGAUGGCGGAGCCGCAGAACGGAGCAAGCGGCGGAAGUGGAAGUUUGAGCAGCGAAGCUCCGGAGGCCGGUCCGGGGGAGGCUUUCGAGAGCAGCAACGAGGGGGGGCCCGUGCCCGGCGCUCGGCGAGAAGGGCGCAACGCCAGGGGGUCCGUGACGUUUGAGGAAAGCGGCUCCCUGCCCUUCCUCAGCCUGGCACAGUUUUUCCUGCUGAAUGAAGAGGACGACGACCAACCGAGGGGGCUCACCAAAGAGCAGAUUGACAACCUGGCCAUGAGGAAUUUUGGGGAGAGCGACGCCCUGAAGACCUGCAGCGUCUGCAUCACGGAAUACACGGAAGGAAACAAGCUUAGGAAGUUGCCCUGUUCCCACGAGUAUCACGUACACUGCAUAGACCGCUGGCUCUCGGAGAAUUCCACGUGUCCUAUUUGCCGCAGAGCGGUCUUGGCUUCCAGUAACCGAGAGAGUGUGGUCUAAGCGGGCAUCACAGACUUUGGACUUAGUACACGGGGCGCCAGCGGCCGGCGAGGAGGCCACUUUUGGUGCCGUGGCCAUUGAUGUAAAAACAAGGAGAAGGUGUGAUCCUCUCACGCCAACAACGGAAUUUGCAAAAACUGCCCAGCAAGAUAAUAGUGAGACCUUCCCAAGUAGGGUCCAUACAUAACAUGCUGGGUUAUGUUAAACCAAGUUUUUUUUAGAACAACAACAACAACAACAAAAGGAGACGCUGCAUUUGCCCAAAGACACCUGCCUGUUACUUAUUUUUGUUCUUGCCAGACCGGCAAGGUUUGCAUCUCUCCUCCUCAGCUCAGUGUGCGGUGACAUAUGGAAAGACCUCCGUGCUCUCCUCUUCCCUGUGAAGGAAUGACUGGAGCCCCCUCCCCAGCAACGUGUGCAGCCCAGUACUUUGUGGAGGGUUGAAAUGAAAACAAAUUUGGAUGAAAUUGCACCCCCCAAGUCUGAUUUUAGCUCCUUUCUUGUAUAGGAUAUUGAAUACGGUCGUGUAAAUAACACUAAUGUUAGCUCCCUCUCUCACUGUACAGCUGUCUCCAGCCCAGCACCGCGGGGUGCCAUAGAACGAGCUGAUAGUUUAACGGGGAUAUUUAUCUUGCUGUGGAAAUAUAUGAAUUGCUUCUGCUUGUUUAAAUAAACACUUUUGCUUUAAGAA